AUGCAGCAUUCAAGGGCUCUUGCUAGGCUCUGCAAUCCAGGACGCUGCUACAAGCAGGGAGCUCAGUCAUACUCCACGAAUAGUCCAUUUGCAUCUUUUAUUUCAGAUGUAAAAAUUCCAGAGUCAGUGGCAGCUUCUGUAGAAGAAGCGCGUCGGAGUGCCCCGAGACUUAGUUCAUUGGGAGACAUAGAAAUUCCCUCGGUCGUUCCAUCAUCCACCACUUCUCUGUUCGCUGCACGUGCUGCUCAGAGGCAGAAGAGGCAGUUGACUGAAGCUGCGCCCAAAAAGGUCGAGGCUAAAGUUGUACACACACCGAAACCAACUUCGCUGCUAUCUAGAAGGUCUCAAAUAAUCCCGAAAGACGAGGAGAGACGUCCCAAUGAUGGACCCUCGAACCCGCAGACUGCCGCCGCUCACCCUCGUCCGAGACGGCCCCUUCCUGCGGAGACUACUAGGUCAGCACCAGCAGAAAUGCGCACAGACCGGCGAAGGGAAAGUCCAAGGGUUCCAAAGCCAAGCCGUGCUGUUAAGCCUACAUCUCCUGUCAAGGAUCUCAAUGAAACCGACACACCCGCUCCGCCAGCAUUGCAUGUUAGCUUCAACAACACUGACUUGUCGGAGCUGUUCAGUUCACCGGCCCUCAUUCCCUAUGUCGCUCAACCAUCAAUUGCCCAGUCACGCAUUGACUCUCGGGUGCAACUUCUGAAAGAACGUGCCGGCGAUUACUCGCGAUAUCUUCCGGAGAACAUUGAAACCACAACUCAGACGCCAGGGUCAAUAGAUUACGCGAAAUUGAUUUUGGCUCGUAGGAGAGAAGUUGGAUUAAGGCCGAGACGCGCCGCCGUGGAGCUCAUGCAUCAAGCAGGACUUAGUCCCACGCCAGUCCCUGCAAUUUCAUCGUAA